AUGCCUUCGAUUCAGAAGACACUUCUCCUCCUGGCCGCAUUCCAGGCCUUCACUGCUCUUGCAGCCCCAGUUCCUCAGCUUGCUGGAGAAGGCUCUGCUUGCGACUCUGUCUUGAGCAGCACUGACAAUGGAGUCGGCUACGGUGUUGAGAAUGCCGAAGACAACGUCGCAUCUACAAUCAGCAAGGUCACCCGUCGCCAAUUGGCUGGUGAAGGCGCUGCUUGCAACUCAGUUCUCAGCAGCACCGACAAUGGUGUAGGCUAUGGCGUUGAGAACGCUGAGGACAACGUCGCUUCUGCACUCGGUGGUACCUCUUCGUCCACCACUACUGGUGGCAGCGGCGCUGCUCCCCCACCACCUCCACCAAAGGGCCCCAAGGCCAGACGCCAGGCCGACAAGAUCGCCAACGGCCUUUCCGACGUGCUCACCGCCGCCAAGUUUGACGCAGUUGCCGGUCCCGAGAAGACCAUUGGCGACAAUGUCGAUGGUGAAUUGACUAGUGCUGCCGCCAAUGCUGGAGCUCAAGUCGGCAGCGCCGAGGAGUCCACUCUUGAGAAUGUUGGCAAGUCUAUCCUUAGAAAGCGCCAGGCUGACAAGAUCUCCAAUGGAGCUGCCAACGUGCUCUCGGCUGCUCAUGAGGAUGACCUUGCAAGCAUUGUCAAGGACAACGGCGACAGCAUUGACGGUCAACUCACUGGUGAUGCCGCUAAUGCUGGUGCUCAGAUUGGAGCUUAUGAGGAAAAGACCCUUGAGGGUGCUGGCAAGGCUUUCCCCAAGUAG